AUGAAUUCGUCUCGUAACUCCCUCCAAAUUCAUCCAGACCAGUCCAGGGCGGAAUCCGCCAAUGAGAAGAAGCCAAUACAAGAUGAGGGAAAAGUGCAAGUGGGAGAACCAGAAGCCUUUCGGCACACAUGGCGUGUCUGGUGUAUCUUCUCAGUCCUCUGGCUCCUAUCCUUCAUCUCAGCAGUAGACGCAACAAUCGUCACCACCUCUCUCCCCACCAUCGUCCGCGACAUCGGCGGAGCUGAAGAAUACAUAUGGAUAGCAAACUCCUUCAUGUUCGCGUCAACAAUCCCACAACCCCUCUUUGGACAAAUUUCCAAUAUCUUCGGCCGGAGAAAUCCAAUGCUUGUUGCUAUUGCGCUCCUCGCUCUCGGAAGCGGGGUUGCGAGUGGUUCCAAUUCUGUGACUAUGUUGAUAGCAGGUCGGACGAUUCAAGGACUUGGGACGGGUGGACUGUAUGUUUUGUCUGAUGUGAUCAUUUGCGAUAUUGUGCCGCCGCGACAUCGAGCCCCGUAUUUGAGUGCUGUCCUCUCGGCUGCUGUUAUUGGAACCACACUUGGUCCUAUUAUUGGUGGUGCGCUUGCUGAAGUGGAAUUGAGGUGGAUUUUCAGGCUGAAUCUUCCUGUUUCCGGGGUAUGAUUUAUUGGUAUUAUAUUAUUGCUCAAUGUCAAGUAUAAGAGGAGUCCUACGUGGAAACACGCUCUUACCCGUGUUGAUUUCAUGGGUACCGGUAUUUUUGCGCCUUCGAUGAUAUCUAUCUUUUUUGGGGUCAUUAUGGGCGGUACUCAUUAUUCUUGGGAUUCUUAUCAUAUUGUGGUAAGUCUUCCUGAUUCGUUGAGAACUUACUCUCUUCAACCUUUCCAAUCCCCUUUUAUCUUAUUUAUCUUACCUUUGAGACUGAUAGAAUCUAGGUCCCAUUAGCACUAGGCGUCCUAGGAUGGAUCCUCUACCACCUCCACCAAGCCUCAAAAUUCUGCAAAGAACCAAGCACACCCCCUAGACUCUUCACGCAUUGAAACUCCGCCGCAGGAUUCAUAAUCAUCUUUCUCGGGGCAGUCGUUCUCCAAGCGAUCUCCUAUUUCCUCCCAGUAUACUUCCAAGCCGUGAAAGGAACAUCGCCAUUGCUUUCUGGAGUUUACUUCCUACCUCUUGCUUUGGCAAUUAUCCCCUUCGCGGGAUUCGCAGGGGUUUUUAUCUCAAAGACCGGUCUGUAUAUGCCUUUGCAUUGGGCUGGAUUCGCGAUGAUGGCUGUCGGGAGUGGUCUGCUAUCACUCUUAGAUGGGAGCUCUAGUCAGGCUGCUUGGGUGUGCUAUCAAAUCAUUGCAUCUGGGGGAGUAGGAAUCGUCUUAACUGCUACUUUACCCUCUACCCUAGGGGCACUUUCCGAGGACGAUGUAGCUGUUGCCACAGGAACCUUUUCUUUCAUACGCUCGUUUGGAUUGGUUUGGGGUGUGACGAUAGCUUCGAUUGUUUUUAAUGGCCAGGUCGCUUCGCAGCUUGGAGGUAUUAGUGAUGUUCAUCUUCGCGAGCUUUUGGCGGACGGUGCUGCUUAUUCGUAUGCCAGUGGGGGAUUUAUUUCUGCGUUAUCGGCUGGUAGUAAAGUGAAGGUUAUAAACUUGUAUGUUGAGGCAUUACGAGUGGUCUGGCUGGUGUUAGCUGGGAUUUCUUGUCUCAGUUUUAUCUGUGUUUUUGUUGACAAGCAUGUUGAGCUGCGCAAAGAGCAUUAAACUGAAUUUGGUUUGGUUGAAAAGGAGCAGGCAUCUCCAGAAACAUAGACUGAAGACAGCUGCUGAUCAGAG